AUGGCAAAGGUUGCAGGAGGCCUCGCUCUGGUGCUCGCGGCAUUUGUUGUGGCUCUGCCGUCCAUUCUGUCAACCAAGGCAGGCCUGCGCUCUGCACUGGCGGUCGCAAACCGUUUUGUACCAGGCACAGUUGCAGUCAAGCAGGCCAGCCUUGGAUGGAGGAAGCCUGUCAAUAUCGAGCAUGUGGAGUGGGGUGACUUGUCAGAAGCUGGCGGCAGCGCAGUGGUAGAGGUGCCCAGCAUCAGGUCCUCUGCGUCGCUGUGGGAAAUUGCCAGGGGCCGCGAGUACGAGGUUGUGGUCAGCAGUCCGCGUGUGGAUGGCUCCUUGACCGAGGAAGGGGAGCUCAGACUGCAGCAAGUCGCCCAGGGCAAAGCUGCGCCCCUUGCACGGGCGGACACCCCAGGAGGGGUCAAGGCCAAAGUUGGGAGUGAGGAUGUGAGGUUUGCGGCUGAGGGCAAGUUUCUGUCCGGGCACCUCUACGUCUCCGGCGGCAUCAUCCAUGGCCUUCCCUGUGCCGCUAAGGAGGUGGUGGGCAAUGAUCUCCACCUGACUGCCAUUGUGGGAGCAAAGCAGCUGAAGGCCGAUGGCCCCGACUAUGACAUUGAAGCCGGCUGGGUGGACAACACACCCAAGCCUCCCAGGUCCCGCAACAUUGGCAAGCCGUUGGAGCCGACUGUUAUCAAGGUGGCCAGCCAGCACAUCAAUGCACAGCUCAGCGGCUGGCGCACAGCCGAUGGCAUCAUCCUUCGAGAACCCAUCACUGCAUCCUUCGCCUACACGCCUGCACUGGCCAAGUACGGUUUUGCCAAGGUGGCACCGCUGCUGGCUGACGUGGCGGCUGUGGAAGAGGGUGGACUCGUCUCCGUCAGCGCCACACCUGAUAAGAUGGAGCUGCCCGCUGAGCGCGUGGCAGUGCGCGUGGAGCCCCUCAGGCUGAAGGUGGGCCGGGGGCCGCUGCUGGGCAAGGCGAUAGAGUUCCUGGCAAGCCAGGGCAGCGGGGGCGUGCGCGCACGUGGCUCACUGCUGCAGGCGCAGACGUCGGCCAUCUGUGUGGACCUGCUCGGCAGUGGCGCUCUGCAGACCCAGCGACUGGAUGUGCUUGUGGGCGGGGCCAGCCGUGGGCUGCACCUGGCCACCUGGGGGGAGGUGGACGUGAAGAGCGACCAGAUUAGCAUGUGGCUGGGAUUCCCAGCAGCCUCCCUCUCACGGCUGGGGCUGAAGGGCCUCCCCCGCGAAGCCAUGCUGCCCAUCGCGGUGGAAGGCUCCCUGCACAAGCCUCGCGUCAAGUGGCUCGACGGAUAUCGGAAGGUGGCUGCCCUGGCGACAGCGUACAAGCCAGAGGCCGCGGCUAGGGAGGGCAGCGCUGAGUCGCAGCCGGCAGCGGCGCCGUCUCUGCGCAGGAGCGUGUUCCAAGAAGCGCUGCGCAGCAUGGCCGCAUCUGAAGGGGCAUCUGCCGAGGAUGUGGAGGUGCCUGCCCCGGUAGAUAAGGUGCUGCCCUGGGAGAUUGUGCAGGAGGAUGGCAGCAUUGUGAGCACUGUGUCAGAAGAAGCAGAGGGCGAUGGCAUUCUGGGGCCAGUUUUUGGGACCUUCGGGAAUUUGAUUCGCAAGGCUGCCUCAGCACUGGGGAAGAAGCUGCACAUCAUUUGA